AUGUCUCAAGAUGAGUUCACGGCAGAAAUCAAGGGCAUCUAUGCUGCAUUGGUCAUGGUCGAAGCGAAGUGCAUCAAGUUGGAUGCUGCACAGAUGAGUGGCACUAAGAAUCUCUCUUUCGAUCAAUGGCAGGCACUUUUCGCAGUGCAUCGAACAUUGCUGUACGAACAUCAUGACUUUUUAUCUGCAUCACAACAUCCUUCGACCAGCUCUUCCUUGCGCAAGCUGGCCACCAAAUACUCUAUGCCAGCUCGAAUGUGGAAACAUGGUAUUCAUUCGUUUCUGGAGGUGUUGCGUCGUCGACUGCCAGACUCACUCGACUACAUGCUGCAAUUCAUCUACUUGGCAUACCAGACAGUCACAUUACUGUAUGAGACAGUGCCGUCCUUCGAAGAUACCUGGAUUGAAUGCCUUGGAGAUCUAGCACGCUACAGGAUGGCUGUUGAAGACAUAGAUAUGAGGGAUCGCGAGAUUUGGGGCGGGGUAGCCCGUGAUUGGUACUCGAAAACAUCCAACAGAAACCCAGAUGUGGGUAGACUGUACCAUCACUUGGGCAUACUG